AUGGUUGUAUUUGACUAUGUGGCUGAAUUAUUGAGAGUGAAUGCUGGAACUUUCAAGAUUAAGAUAAAUCAACCCCAACCAACUCUGCCACCUAGGUUUGGUUGUUUUUACAUGUGUUUAGAUGGAUGUAAGCAAGGGUUUUUGGCUGGAUGCAGACCCUUUAUAGGUGUGGAUGGUUGCCACUUGAAGACAGCAUAUGGUGGUCAAUUGUUGGUUGCAGUGGGUAGGGACCCCAAUGAUCAAUACUAUCCGCUGGCUUUUGCAGUAGUAGAAAACGAGUGCAAGGAGACCUGGAAGUGGUUUUUGACAUUGUUGUUAGAAGAUAUUGGGGACAUUGGAAAUCAUAGAUGGGUUUUCAUUUCAGAUCAACAAAAGGGCCUAAUGACUGUCUUUGAUGAAAUCUUGAAUGGAGUGGAGCAUCGUUUCUGUUUGCGACACUUAUAUAGCAAUUUCAAGAAGAAAUUUGGUGGUGGUGUAGUGAUCAGAGACUUGAUGAUAGGAGCAGCAAAGGCAACGUACUAUGCAGGAUGGGAAAAAAAGAUGGGUGAGUUGAGAAACAUCAACCCUGAAGCUUUUAAUUGGUUUUCAACCCUUAGAGAGAAAGUGAAUGAAUAUUCAGGAACUAUGAUGCCUAAACCACAGAAAAGGCUGGACAGGGAAAUAGAAAAAAGUGGGAAUUGGCUUCCUGUAUGGGCAGGGGAUUCUAAGUUUGAAGUGACGCAGGGGCAUGUUGUGGCAGCCAUUAAUUACAAGGUAGAAAACCCAGAGGAUUAUGUUCAUGCUUAUUACAAAAGGGAUGCCUACCAGGCUUCCUAUGGCCCUCAAAUUACCCCAAUCAAUGGACAACAACUUUAG